GCGCAACAGCGGCUGAAUGAAGUUCAGCAGAUCUGAGAAUUUUUUUUAAGGCAUCGGCGGAUUCGCAUUAAAGUCUUUUCUUACAUCAGCAAUGAAUGGAGCCCAUUUCAAGCGUGUGGAAAAUCGUGACUCGGUGUUUCGGGUGUAUAUUGUCACAGUUUGAGUUGUUAUCGUGCUGCGUAGACGAAGUUUAGUUGUUUUUGGACAUUUCACCAAGAUAAAACCUGCUAUUAACUAUUUUUACACAUUCUUUCUUAAGCAAAAUCGAGACGCAUGGUACCUGUGGAUUGUUUCGAGGUCAUGCAGCAUGUUUACACACAAAUCUACGGGACUGGAUUGACAGUGCAUUGCAUUAGAUGGGGUCUGUACAGCAGGGUCAGUGGGGUGUCAUUCAGGCUAGAGAGCAUUUAAUGUACAUUUAGUCCCUGUAAACUCGGUUUAUUGGAUAGAACUGCUUUGGAAAUGUCGGCGAUAUCUGCGUCUGAGAAAGUGGACGGAUUCACGCGGAAAUCAGUGAGGAAGGCUCAGAGACAGAGGAUUUGUCAGGGCUCGUCUCAGUUUGCGAUGAACAGCAGCAGGCCUGCGGCUCCGGAGAUCUCUGCGCUCCCACAGCUCAAAGAUGCGUCCUCUACAGAGCAGCAUGAGCUCUUCAUGCAGAAACUACAGCAGUGUUGUGUAUUGUUCGACUUCUUGGACUCCGUCACUGACCUAAAGAGCAAAGAGAUCAAACGAGCAACUCUCAGUGAACUCGUGGAGUAUGUGUCCACCAACAGAGGCGUGCUAGUGGAGCCCGUCUAUCCUGAGAUCACCACCAUGGUUAGCACAAAUAUAUUCAGAGCGCUUCCACCCAGUGAAAACCCAGACUUUGACCCAGAAGAAGACGAACCCACCCUAGAAGCCUCCUGGCCCCACGUGCAGUUGGUCUACGAGUUUUUCCUUCGGUUCCUAGAAAAUCCAGACUUCCAACCAAGUACUGCCAAACGUUACAUUGACCAGAAGUUUGUGCUACAGCUCUUGGAACUGUUUGACAGUGAAGAUCCUCGUGAGAGAGAGUUCUUAAAAACGAUUCUGCAUCGCAUCUAUGGGAAAUUUCUGGGUUUGCGUGCCUUUAUUCGGAAACAGAUCAACAACAUUUUUCUGAGAUUCCUCUAUGAAACUGAGCACUUUAAUGGAGUAGCCGAAUUUUUAGAGAUUCUGGGCAGUAUCAUCAAUGGCUUUGCUCUGCCACUGAAAGCUGAACACAAGCAGUUCCUGAUGAAGAUUCUCAUUCCUCUGCACACUGCCAAAGGACUAGCACUGUUCCACGCACAGCUGGCUUACUGUGUGGUUCAGUUCAUAGAGAAGGAUCCCACCCUCACUGAGGCGGUUAUUCGAGGUCUUCUUAAAUUUUGGCCCAAGACAUGCAGUCAGAAAGAGGUCAUGUUUCUAGGGGAAAUUGAAGAGAUCCUGGACGUUAUUGAACCCACCCAGUUCAAGAAGAUUCAGGAGCCCUUAUUUAAACAAAUCUCUAAAUGUGUAGCCAGUCCCCAUUUUCAGGUAGCAGAACGAGCACUGUACUACUGGAACAAUGAAUACAUUUUGAGUCUAAUUGAAGAUAAUAAUGCCAAAAUCCUGCCCAUCAUGUUUGGAAGCUUGUACCGGAUCUCCAAAGAACACUGGAACCCGACGAUUAUGGCCCUGGUAUACAAUGUAUUAAAAACACUGAUGGAGAUGAACAGCAAACUGUUUGAUGAACUGACAGACUCGUACAAAUCCGACAGACAACGAGAGAAGAAGAAAGAGCAAGAACGAGAGGAACUGUGGAGGAAGCUGGAUGAACUGAGACUGCAAGAGACAUCAAAGUUUCAGAAUAACAGACAUGAGAUCCAGUUUACCUACAACAACAAUAACAACAACCUUCAUGAUAAGGAUGAAAAUACUGCAGCGGCCAUUACUGAUAGUGUUGAGAGCGCCACCUGGGCCAAAUGACACGGGGCUGUUUUUGUUUUCACUACCCAGUAUUUAUAUAUUUGGUUUAUAGAUGUAAACAACUGUCAAGAGCAGUAAGGAUACGGAUCUUGUGUGAGAAAUAAUCUUUAUAUUUUUAAGCGAACACAUUUAAAAAGUUUUUUUUUGUUGUUGUCAGAAGUCUAUAUAAAACUAAAUCAAAAUGCAAUUUUUUGUUUUUUUUUGUUUUUUUUGGAAAUGGAUAAUAUAUUUUAUAUAUGUAAGUUUAUUUUGGAAGUGUAGGUAUUGAAAUUUCCCAACACUUUUAUUUAAUCAGAGACUUACACCUCUCAUCUGUAGGGACAGCAGGCACAACUAAGGUCUUUUAAGGUAUAGCCUGCUUAUCGGGCCCAGUGGGAUAGGGGGACCAUAAAGUUUAGCAGCGACCCUGUCUGUAGGCUAUAUUUACAUAUACACUGAUGAUCCAAAACAUUAUGACCACCUGCCGUUGGUCUUUAGCGUUUCGCAAAAACAGUGCCGACCCGCCGAGGCAUGGACUCUACAAGACCCCUGAAGGUGUCCUGUGGUAUCUGGCACUAAGAAAUUAGCAGCAGAUCCUUCAAGCCCUGUAAAGCCGGGCUCUCAUUAAAUGACUGUCAGACUACCUGAAUCGCAGUACUGCUUCCAUUACACAACAAGGGUUGUUGUCAUCUGUUGUCUUCUUGUAUUAAUUAUGAUCAAAUUGUGGCUUUCCAUUGUUGUACAUAAAGAUGCAUGAUAAGAUGUGAUUUGCUGGAGCAGUUCGCACUUGUCGUGGCAUCGCUCACACUACAAAAUCAUGUGGAGAUAGUAUCAAGCAUGGCAUGAAAAUAUCCCAGCAUCUGUGACUACUCAAGACUGGCUCCGAUCACGUCGAUGAACUGCUCAUACAUACGACCGUAGUGAGAACCGAUUUGGCGGUGAUACAGCAUUUUUGUCGCAGACCUCUAAAAUCUGUCUGGGACAGCAAAAUCCGACCAAAAAUCGUAUAGUGAGAGCCCGGCUUAAGUUGUGAGGUGGAGCCGCCAUGGAUCGGACUUGUUGGGACAGCACAUCCCACAGAUGCUCAAUCGGAUUGAGAUAUGGGGAAUUUGGAGGCCAGGGCAACACCUUGAACUCUUCAUCAUGUUCUUCAAACCAUUCCCGAACAAUGUGUGCAGUGCGGCAGGGCACAUUAUCCUGCUGAAAGAGGCCACUGCCAUGAAGGGGUGUAACUGGUCUGCAACAAUGUAAAGGUAGGUGGCACGUGUCAAACUGACUUCCACAUGAAUGGCUGGACCCAGGGUUUCCCAGCAGAACAUUGCCCAGAGCAUCACACUCCCUCCACCGGCUUGUCAUCUUCCCACAGUGCAUCCUGGUGCCAUCACUUUCAGAGGUAAACGGCGCACACGUGAUGUAAAAGAUAACAGACUCAUUGGACCAGGCGACUUCUUCCAAUGCUUCAAGGUCCAGUUCCGAUGCUCAGGUACCCAUUGUAGCCUCUUUCGAUGGUGGACAGAGGUCAUCGUGGACACUCUGACCGGUCUGCGCCUACGCAGCCCCAUAGGCAGCAGGGUGCGAUGCACUGUGUUGUGACACAUUCCUCCCAUAACCGUCAUUAAACUUUUCUGUGACUUGUGCCACAGUAAACCUUCUGUCGGUUCGGACCAGACAGGAUAGCCUUUGUUGCCCUUGUGCAUCGAUGAGUCUUGGCCGCCCAACACCCUGUCACCAGUUUGUGGUUUGUCCUUCCUCGGACCACUGUCAGUAGGUAUUCACCACUGCUGACUGGGAGCACCCCACAAGCCUUGCCGUUUCAGAGAUGCUCUGACCCAGUCAUCUGGCAAUAACAAUUUGGCCCUUGUCAAAGUCGCUGAAGUCUUUACUUAUGCCCAUUUCUCCUGCUUUCAACACGCUGACUAUGAGAACUGAUUUUUCGCUUACCAUCUAAUCUACCCAGACCUUGACAUGUGGCCUUGUUAGAGAUGAUCAAUGUUAUUCGCUUCACCUGUGAGUGGUCAUAAUGUUUUGGCUCAUCAGUGUAUUUUAGACUGAAGACUUGAACUUUAAAAAAAAAAUUGGUAUAUGGUGCAAGUCCCCAAAAACACCAAAGGGCAGUUUACACUGAAAGUAUUUUAUUGUGUCAGUCUACACAGUUUUUAAAUUGUUUUUCAAUGUAAACAUGUGCUAGACGGACUUCUUGGACUGUUUGCCGCAUCUUACAGUUUUUUCAGUGCCACGUGCAGGAGUGCCGUGUUUUUAAGAUGCUGUUAUCAUACUAAAAUAACUUCCAACUUUUAAAAAUGUGUUCAGAGACACCUGCACAGUGCAUUCUGUCUGUACGGCCCCUAACAUGAUAAAAAAAACAUUUAUUGAUGCCUAUAGUUGACAUGAUACAUUAAUUAUUAAAUUUGACCACUCCCUGGAAGUGUCAAAAUUCAGCCUUAGAAAGGCUCCCAGAAAUGCGAAACUCUGAUUUAAGUUUUGAUAAAAAAAAAAAAAAGAUGCAAGAUGAACUGCUCUUGCUAGUAACAUUUGUUUUUAAAUGAAAAUGAAAAUUACAGCCAUCAUAAGGUCAGUAUUUGCAUAAUAAAUGCAACAUUUUAAAUACAGAGUUUAAUUAGAAACCCAUUGCUUUCUGGAACACUUGGGUCUACUGGCUAUACAUUUUGCAGUACUGGACUAAUUCUUAAGUGUUACGUAACUCAGGGAUAACCUAACAUUCCCCAACUACAAUAAGAAUAAUGGUAAAAAGUAUUUCCUCCUGCUCCAAAUAGAUAUUUCCUAAUAUUUUCCUAAUAUAAGUUGUGUUUACCUGUAGAUAAGCAAUAUGGUAGAUGAAACUCCUUGACAUUCCAUUCAAUAUUCAGGCAGUUUUUUGUUUUGCUUCAACCAAAAAAAAAAAAAAAAAUUCUUGUCGCUAUGCAGUUAUGCUAUUAUAAAUUCUCGUAUUAAGAAAUCUUUUGUUUUGCUGAAAAUUGUGUUUUUGCUGUGAGAGUGUGUAAAAGAACCUUGUUGUAAUGUGCUAUAUGCAUUAAAAUGCCAGGCUGAUGAUUAUUA